CCGCCCGCUUCUCCCGAGAAUAUCCUGGUGCCAGCGUCUUUGAGGGGGUCCACCAUAUCCACAAUCUUUUUCAAGACGAAGAUGUGCAGGUUUUUGCGCCAAGGCCGCUGCAAGCAUGGACCAUCUUGCCAGUUUGCACAUAGUCCAGAGGAGUUGCGUACCCCUCCCAAUCUCGCGAAAACCCGUCUCUGUCGGGCUUUCCGAGAAGGACGAUGCGACCGCGGGGAGAACUGCGCUUUCGCACAUGGUCUUGUCGACUUGAGGGGAACUGGCGAAAUAUACAAGACACAAAUUUGCAUCUUCUGGCCAGCAGGUCACGGCAACAGAGUCAGCGAGGGAGGUCGGCAUGCCGUUGGCGUCGCAGAUCACCCUCCAUGGGAUGGAGAACGUGGUGUUGCCAGCCAUGACGGAUGUGGCCCAUCGUUGACAUCUACCAGAGCUGCACCCCCGGCGCCUGUCAGUCAGCCGCCGUGCGGCCGAGGGUUUGAUGAACAGAGGAGCUCGCGGCCGGUCGGAGUGUGCCGAUCUCCACUGCACACGGAAGGAUCUGCGGCUUGCAUGUCAUUCGGCUCUGUUGCGGCGAUGGGCAGCAACGGAAGUGCGAAAGGUACACGUUCUCGCUCGUCGCCUUACGGUAGCGGAACGGCGUCUCCGCCGUCGUCGACUGCUGCAUGCUCUGCGUUCGCCGCCUCGCCCAUGUCAUUUUCUCCACCCAUAGUUGCUCCGCCUGCAUCUUACUCCUCCUCUCGCGCGACACCUCGAACAGUAGGAUCGUAUCUGCGAGAGCAGGCUGCUCCAGUUGCAUUUUCCCAUGUCUGCCACACGUCAGACUUCCCUAACCAGGAAUGCGCACCACUGACUUCCUCCCAGCCGCCCCCCACCCAAGAGGAAGGUUUACAGGAUUUUCCUGACAUGCUGCGGCGAAUGAAGCCGCUGUGUGGUGUGGUGGAACGAAGUGAAGACGCCGCUGUGAAGCGUCCCUCCGAAAUAUGUUCAAAGCCAAAACUCCCUGGUUUCCCAGAGGGGCAUCUGUCAUCGGAAAAAGCGAGGAGUUCUGUGAAAGUAGCGAAGAGCAUGAGAGCUCAGUUCAGGCCGUACGCGUAUGAUGCGGGCUCCUCAGUUCUUUCGUCGCCGUCGUCCUGCGCGGGUGGAUUUCCAGUUGUGGACUUGCCUGCUGGUGUUGGCACAAAGCAACCGUUCGGCAGCUACAAGCUUGCACAUGAAGCCACUCAGAGCCAUCAGAACAUCAGGCUACCGGCAUCUGUGCACACUGGCCGGGAGAUUCGUGGUCGUGGAUUAGACACAAGCGAACAUAACGGAGGGUGCAAGGAUAUUACAGACCGCUCAGUGGUCAAAGCUGUGACAUCCGCUGCAUCUGGAGAGCUCGCCGGGGUCGAGUGUCACGCCUCUCGCCAGAGCAUUUACGGCAGACCAGUUCUCGAACAAACGCGGUCUAUGCUCGUGGUCAGCUUCCCAGGGGCCGGAAGGUCGGGACGCUCUCGCGACACAGUCGGAACAUGGAAGCGUACUGCUCCUCCAAUUCCUCCCCCCCCACCUCUCUCUUCCUCUUUUCCUUCUCAACCAUUCCGUUGUGGUGAGAGUAGGGCGUCACCAGAUGGGAGAACGCCGCAUCAGUCUUCCGGUUGUAUCGACUCGAAUGCCGCUAUCAAAGCAGCGGCCAGCUCCGUGCCGUUGCUUGUCAGCCCUUGGGGCGACGUCAGUGACAGGAACACCGAGUCAAAAACUGUCGCCUCUGUAUCGCCUACACCUGAGGUGGGAGUACGUCGGUCUCACGGGCCCUCGUCGACAAAAGUAAGGCAGCACUGGCAUCCAAACGGUGAGCAGCGGGCAAGUGAGAUCUUGCAACACAGAGGUGCGUCGCUGGCAAACUCGAAGCCCCAAGAUCAAUGCUCCUCAUCUGGUGCGUAUCUAAUGCCGGCACGUGUUCCUGCCGCCUUAGACGUUCAAACGCGUGAUCAACCUGGCUGUACAGUACGUGGUACAGGUUUUUGCAGGGCAGGGACAGAAGGCGAGAAAGGCGGACACUGUGCAGGAGUGUGUCCCACAGGCGUUUGCCAAGGGGCAGCAGCGUUGAGCUCUGGGUCUCAAAAUGGUGAAAAACAUGGCCACAGUGUCCCAGCAAUGCAUGUUAAUAGAGGGGAACGAGAGUUGGACCAACAAAUCUUUCCUACUGUUAAUGCCAUGGUCCAGGAGAUUUCGAGCGUGGCGCAGUCCCAGCGACGAAGAGAAAGGUGGGAUUGGGGCCACGAGACAGUCACUCCUACUGGCGCUACUGUGGACACGGACACGCGUGAGAAGAAGGGGAUGACGAGUGACAUAGAGCAUGCGCCCAAGAAUGUGGAGGAAGGACGGAGUGAGAGAAGAACGGGAAACUCAGUGCCUUCGACGACCUCAACGGAGCAAGCAGAAAGACCAGUCCGGCAAACCGCACUCACAGGUGCUGGUGGUCACCACGACCCCGCUGAUAUCAGGGGCGUGAUGGACUUGGGCCCCUCUCUGCCGUCCGGGGGCUUGUUUGGAUCUGUAUCACCAUAUGCAUCAAUUCAGGGGCACAGUGUAGCAGUUGUCUCACCGGCGUUUGCUCCGUUGUAUUGCCACGGCACAGCGGGUCUCGAUAGUUCUUCAGGUGGCUUGCCAGGACACGGAUGGCCUAUGUCACCAGUAUGUGCUGAACUGGGGGUCAGUGAGAGUCUUUUGCACGACGACGCGUCUCUGGUUGCUGCAGCAAUACGAAACGUUGGACACGAGUUCGCGGUUUACCCACAAAGGAAGGAGCAGGAGACCUUCGGGCCUGGCCCACCACCACCAGUUAUUUUUGUUAGCGCGUCAGUUCCAGAGCUGUUACCUUCACAGGUUCAGUUGCAUCCGGCUGGCCAGUCCGUGUUCCUGUGUUCCCCUUUUCCAAUGGCAGGCCCCGUUGCAGACCCGACGGGGCCAUACUUCUUGCUUCCAUCAGCGGGGCAUGUUGGUUGUUUCGAUGUAGGACAAGAGGCGACUCUUGGAUUCGGACACGGAGUGCCUGCUCCCGGGGUUUUAAUCCCGACAGAACUCCGAGGACCUUGGCCUGUUUGGGGACAAGGCGAGUUUCACGCGGUUGGACUUCUUCACACAUCCACGCAUGAAGUUCAGGGGCAAGACUGCGUCCCGGUUGGCCUCGCCGAAUCCUCGUCAGAACGAAGUGUUAACAAACCAGCCGACAGCUCCCCAAAUCUUUCCAGAUUUGCAGUACAGGACGGUGUAGUGGAUGGUCUUAUUACCCAAGAGAGCGAUACUGGCUGUUCCGAGGCCUUCGAUGAAGUGGGUGACAAGUCAUGGCGACCGCGUAUAGACGAACCAGAGGCUACUGCGCAACAGGACGAACCCUUCCGAUUGCCUCCUGUUUCGCGCAUGCACUCGGCUCUGCCGACGUUUCCCUCCCCCUCACGUGAGGAAGAACCAGCUGUUCAAACCCCCAGGAGCGAGGAGCCUCGUGCUACUUGGGAUAACUCUGGAGGUGAAUCUGAGUCGUCAAACAGCCCUCUCGACCGGUGUACGGAACGUGGAAACUCCACUAGUAUUGGGCGUCUAUGGCGAUGCAGAAGUGUAUGCCAAUCACGUUGCGGUCUACAUACGUUUUUAGAUCGUCCCUCGAAGAACCGUGUGCAAGGUACCUGCCGAUGCUAUAACGCCCGGACCAGAGCAGAGACAAACAAUGAUGAUAAUUCCCAGGAAGCAAGGACGAAACCAGCCAACAGGGGGCCGGUGGUUUUCGAGUCAGACCUUGAGCACCCGUUGCAAACCGUCUCCCGUACGUCGGGUCCAAGUUCUGAGCUAGCAGCUCAGGGGGCACGCAGAGCCGAGGAGAUAACUCUUGUCACUGGUCGCUGCGACCCGGAUGACGCCUGGUUGUGGUCCGAGCGGGAACAAAAAAGGGUCGAAUCGUUUUGUCACCGGCUGGCGGUAGCAGGAGUCGAUCAUAUCCGGAGUUGGUAG